AUGAGCAAACAACAUAUUUUAGCUAUUCUGUAUCCAGCACAAGGUCAUGUAAUUCCCUCGAUGGAGUUGUCACAGUGUUUAGCUAAUCAUGGCUUCAAAGUCACAUUUGUGAACACAGAGCACAAUCACAAGCGAGUCAUGAAUGCUUUGGCAGAUGAAAGUCAUAUAAGCAAGGAUCAUAUUCAUCUAGUUUCGAUUCCAGACGGCUUAGAACCGUUGGAGGACAGGAAUGAGCUAGGGCGGUUAUCGGAAGCAAUGCAACGAGUCAUGCCUGGGAAGUUGGAAGAGCUGAUAGAGAAGAUCAACCAAGGGGAAGGCCAAAAAAUCACUUGUGUCAUUGCUGAUCAGACUUCCGGGUGGAUUCUUGAAGUAGCAGAGAAAAUGAAAAUCAGGAGGGUUGCCUUUUAUCCUGCUGCAGCUGCAGUCUUGGCGAUAACACUUAGUAUACCAAAGUUAAUUCAUGAAGGAAUCAUUAACAAUGAUGGAAUUGCCCCAAAAGGCCAGAUGUUUCAGUUGGCACCAAACAUGCCCAUCAUGAAAACUGAACCCUUGUUGUGGUCAUGUAUUGGUGACUUAACCACUCAUAAAAUUAUAUUUCAAGCUUUGGUAAGAAGCAACAAGACUACGCUAGCCACAGACUGGCUUCUUUGCAACUCGACAUACGAUCUAGAACCAGCAGCAUUCACCUUGGCACCUGAGAUUUUACCAAUUCCCCACUCUUGGCAAGCAACAGGCUUGGGAAUUCAGCAGGCUACUUCUGGCCACAAGACUUAA